AUGGUUUCUGGCUUCGCAAUAUUAUCCGUCUGGUACCUCCUUUGCGGGCCGACUCUUGGAUGGGGAGAUGUCGGUCAUCGCACUGUUGCAUAUCUAGCCGAGCACUAUCUCACUGAACGCGCCACAUGGGCUGAUGAAAUCAAACGAAAGCACCCUGAGACUAAGCCUUGGCAUUAUGUGGAUGUGGAGGAUGAUCCUCUGGGAAAUAUCUGUAAUAUAUCAUCCCUUCCACAGGAUUGCAAAAGCGCGAAAAGCUGCAUCAUCUCCGCCAUUGAAGAUAUGACAGUUCAAGUGAAUGAUGAUAGCUUUAACCAAACAGAAGCUGUCAUGUUCCUGUUCCACUUCUUUGGGGACUUAGAUAUGCCCUUGCAUGUGGAAGAUUACGAGAAAGGAGGAAACAAGAUACUGGUCUGUUUUGACGGCCACAAAGAUAAUCUUCACAGUAUCUGGGACACAGACAUGGCACACAAGAUCAACGGCAUCAAACAUCGACUCAAGCAUAACGAUAAAAAAGUGGCGCCCCUAAAGUGGGCGAAGCAUCUCCUCCAAAAGAACAAACACAGACCCAUGACCGCUGUCGAAUGUGCGGAUGUCAUCAACACCCGGACAUGUGUUAAGCAGUUGGCGGAGGAGACCAAUCGUUUGAACUGUGCCGUUGUUUUCAAAAGGUGGCUCCCGUAUCUCAACGGCGAAGAUCUUGCGGGCGAUACUAUGACAAUGCCGUGCCGGUCAUUGCGGAACAAAUCUUUAAAGCAGGUAUGUGUGCGUCUGGCAACUUGGAUCAAUGCCAUUGCCGAGAAGAGUCGCGCCAAAACUGCGUUUGUCGUCCAGGGGGAUCGGAUGAGAGAUCUCUGA